AUGGUCGAGGGCACGCCCGCGGCGACGCGGCCAGCGCGCGGCGCGGAUGGGGACGAUGAAACCGCGCCGUCGACGUCCGCGACGCCGCUCGCGAGCGCGAUGCGCACCCCGCUCGUGGUGACCAAGCGCCUCUCCUUCAGCGCCACCACCCCGAUGGGCAGGACCCCCGGCAGCGGCAUCAAGGUCACCGGGUUCGACGAGCUCUGCGCGGUGUGCUACUCGCCCUUGGAUCGCGCCGAGGGCGAGAGGGACGGCAUCGGCGACGACGGUGACGGCGUCGUCGAUGACGUGAAGCGCGAGCUGUUCACCACCGAGUGCAACCACACGUACCAUCGGUGCUGCCUGGUGCGGUGCCGCGAGGCUGACUUCACGCUCUGCUGCCUGUGCAAGACGGGUCGCAUCGACGGGAAAGGGCUGACGCCGGAGCACGUGCGCGAGAGGCGCGCGCUGAACGCGCAGAGGAACGCGGUCAUCGGAGCCGCGGCGCGCGGGCGCGAGGCUGUGCGCGCGCGAUACGUCCGGGCCAUGGUCAACCGCCCGAGCGCGGGCGCGCGUGUCGUCGCUCCUCUCAUGCCCCCAGUCGACGAGGAGGGAUCGCCCGGGACGAUCGCGGCGGCGACGGCGGCGGCACCCGCGAGCCCCGCGAGGAGCGUCGCGGCGUCUUCCGCGCCCGCGACGCCCGCGCGGGGGAUCCCCGUCGGUCGAGGCGGCUACCCGAGCCCCGCCGGCCGCGGCGGCAACUCCCCGCACCUCCGACGCUCAGCGCGAAGUUCGGCAUCGUUCGACACAGCUGGCACAGCCGGCGACGACGAAGGGACCCCCGCGGUGUUCACGACCGCGGCGGAGGAGCUGAGGGCACGCGCGGAGGCAUCGGCGAUCGCCGUCGCCGCCGCCUACUCCACGACGUCCGCGCCGACCACCCCCGCGCGGCAUUUCGGUACCUACGAGCCCCCGUCCGUUCCAAACUCCGAGAUGCGCAACUCCGCGACGCGGAAUUCGACUCAUCGGAGACUCUACGGCCGAGCCGCCUCCGCAGCCGACGAGGAGGAGGAUGAGGAGGCAAGGGGGAGGAGGACCGGGGACGGGUCCCAUGCGGACGCGCGGGAGGGGCGCCGCGCGAUCGAUCUCGCGUCCGUGGCGGCGGCGCUGGGCGGCGGCGACGACGAUUGCGACGACGACGCUUUGAACUCGCCUCUGAACUCUCCUUCAAGAUUCUCGCGUCCGUUCAAGUCCGCCGCGAGGGAGCUCGCCGAGCUCGGCGAGAGCGCCCACGCGGUGAUGCGCGCGCUGAUCGCGAACGGCACGGCGUCGGCGCCCGCGACGCCGCUCGCGGCGGGAUGGGGGGACUCGACGGUCGGCCGGCCGGCGAUUGCCGCGGCGGUGGCGGCGGCGGAGGCUGGGGGCGACGCGGAGGGUCGCGCCGCGCGGCUGGUGCGCCGGCUCCUGGAGGACGAGUGA